CAAUGCGCUAAUUACGCGCGACGCUGCGCUGCUGUCGCCGGAGACACAGCGAAAGAAGGGAUUUCUAUCGCGUUCCAAAUGCAGUCGUGUACGCUCGACACGCACGCACACACUGCCGGCGCGUAGGUUCACGUCUCGCCUGCACGUACACGAGGGCGCGCGCAUCUGUGUCGGUGCGCGCACACGAGCACGAAUCGCGCCGAGAGAAAAAGGAUGCGAGCGGAGAGCGAAAUCACAAUGGCGGUACCAGUACUAUGAGCAGCAGGCCAGCAGGAGAAGUAUACGUGCAGUGCGUGGCCCGUGCAGCAGCGAACGAGUGUGACUUAGGCCCGUGCGAAGGUAAGCCGUGUAAGGUGCGUGGUGCGUGUGCGAUGCGUCGGCGGUGAUUCGGUGGAUUGGCUCUGGUUUGCUGGAUUGUGCACGGCGGCGGCGGCGGCAGCGGCGAGAAGGGCUCCUGCGGGGCGCGCGCGCGACAUUCCUAGUGUGUGCGUUGGAGUGUAUGGGAGUGUGUGUGUGUGCCUGCGGAUUCGCACAUGGUAAUUAGAAGCGCCCGCCGACAAUGGAGAGCGCCAUGGAUCAGCAGUUCCGCCUGCGCUGGAACAACCAUCCGGACAACAUGACCGACGUGCUGGUGAGCCUCUACCACAAGCAGCAGCUGUGCGACGUGACGCUGGCGUGCAAGGGCGAACUGAUACGCGCCCACCAGACGGUGCUCACCGCGUGCAGCCCCUUCUUCGAGGAGAUGCUGCUCAACAUCAACCACCCGCAUCCGAUCAUCAUUCUCGCCGACAUCAACCUCGGCGAGCUGAAGGCGGUGCUGGAGUUCAUGUACAAGGGCGAGGUGAACGUCUCGCAGAACCUGCUCUCCGUCUUCCUCAAGACGGCGGAGGUGCUGCGCGUCAAGGGCCUCACCGACAACAAUCUGCUCAACGACAAGGAGCGUCGUGCCGGCGGCGGCGCCGCCGCUGGCGAACUCAAUCGGCGCUCGCACUCGCCCGCGCCACACGAGAAGCGGAAGCGGAAAUCUAGCAACUGUGAUACUAAUUCAAACAGUGAUAGUCGACAUAAUGAUUCUCAGGCCACAAGCAAUUAUAAAUCAACGCAUUUACCAAAGUCUCAAAGUGAAAGAGAUGUGGGCAGUCCAGAUGAUAUCAUGCCACCACAAUUAGUCAAGCAGGAGCCCCAGCAGGGCAGUCCACAGCACAUUGAUUCAUAUCAUUCAAUGUCCGAAGCACUGCAAACUGGUGGAAGCUUAAGCGUGCACCAGGACGACCUGCUCUCCAGCCACGGGCUGGACCACAACGAAGAGACGAAACCGCCGAUGCCGCCCCUCGAUCCGACGGACACAAUCGACGGUUCAAAAGCCUGGCACAUGCGGCUUACGUUCGACAAGCUGCCAGGCGGAUGUAACCUGCACAGGUGUAAACUGUGCGGCAAAAUAGUGACGCACAUCCGGAACCACUAUCACGUGCAUUUCCCGGGACGAUUCGAGUGCCCGCUGUGUCGGGCGACGUACACACGCAGCGACAAUCUGCGCACGCACUGCAAAUUCAAGCAUCCACGCUAUAAUCCGGACACGAGGAAGUUUGACGGUGUGCCGAUUGCGGCGGCGGCGGCGGCGGCAGCAGCUGCUGCUACCGGUGUCGCCGGCGGUGGUGGUAAUACGCCCGCUGACCGAUAUGUGACAGCCGCGGCCGCCGUCGCCGGCAACAGCGAUCUGUCCAACGACUGAUUUGCGCUGCGCUCGCCGCCGCUCGCGUUCCACGACUAUUACAUGAUGGCCGCGACGGCGGCGGCGGCGGCUCUCUACUGGAGGCGCACGCAGGUCGCGAUGCUUUGAGCACACUCUUAAAACUAAUGCGAACAAAGCAUGAAAAGAAACACUUUUAAUAAUAACUUAAUCUACCAAGUGGCGAACAACCAACGACGAACACUGCUUAAACAAAAUGUCCUGAGCGCGAAACACACAACAAAAAAGAAUAGUAGUCCGCAUUUUUGCUAACUUUAUUUGUUUAUUUAAAGAUCGUUUGUUUUUAUUAUUUUGUUAUAUUUGUUUAAGCGCAUUUUUUGAGUACCUUACUAAUUUUAUUAUUCGUUUAUUUUAUUUUUUGAUUUUAUUUUCAAAGUUUAUACGCAAUAAGGUUUUUUUAAUUUAUCCUUUAAACAAACGAACACACUUAUCGAGUCAAGGGCGUCAGUCUUCUGAAGACUUUAAUCUUAUAUUAUUGACAUAAAUACAGAACGUACUUCAGUUAUAUUAUAUUAAGCACAACGAAUAUGUGAGAUUGAAAUCAAAAUUUUUUCAAUGCGAUGAAGAGAAAAACUUAAUCAGAGCAAAUAUUUACACACCCAGAGCGAAUUGUUAUCAAUUAAAUUGUUAUAUGAUAAUUAUUAUUGUAUUAGAAUACGGAUUCUAAUUCUAAUUAUUGUUAUUAAAAGAAAGAAAAGAGUUAUUAAUAUAUUUAACAGUGGCACCGAGGAUGCGCGCCCACUAUAAACUUAUCGAUUAAUUAAUUAACGUGCAAUUAUUUACUCAAGUAUCUAAUGAUUAUCGCAAGUAAUAGAAAAUAUAUUUAGUUAUGUUUACUAAGUAAUUUAAUACGAUGAACACUUAAAGAGAUGAAAGAAAGCAAAUGAUGAAGAUGAGAUAUUUUUAUAUAUAAAGAUGAAUCGAACAAUGAUGGGCGAUUGAGGUUAGGAUGAGUGGAAGCGACAUCUAACGACUAACAAAUUACUAGAGAUAUUUACAAGAGUCAACGAAACGCGCACGUCGAAUUUGCGUGCGCUCGCGUAACUAUUGCCAAACUAAAUGCUAGAUAUUUAUAUACGUUAUUAUAUGAAUGUAUUUUACAUUAUACACACAAUACACCGACAUACAGAGACAGCAAAUGAAUAAUCUAUACUCUACGAUAGAUAAUAUGAUGAUUAUUAUACACUGGACAGCAAAGACGUACAGUUAAACAAUUAGUAUUAAUAAGUAUACUACUACUUUACUAAAAACACAAGUAAAACACAGGAAAUUUGCAGAUGAAGAUAAUAUAUUGCAGCCGAUUGAGGUGCUGAGCAAAAAGUCAAUACGAUGAUGAACAAUUUUUUCACUCCAAGUGUACAAUAGGUGAAUUUCUAUAUAAAGUGCAAUUUAUUUUAAUACGCAUAUGAUUAUUUUAUUAUUUAUACGAUACAAUGGAUUUGUGGAAUACUAAUUAGUUUCUCGUGUUUUUUUUUUGUUUAUAUAUAUAUAUUUUUUGAUUAAUGGGUUGAUUGAUACUUGUACUACACAUUGAUUUACGUUUGAUUAUCUGCUAUGUGCAUACCUCAUGAUUUAUCAUCUUUGAUUGAAUCAUCACAACCUUAUACUUAUAUAUCUGUUACGUUAUAAUAUAUGAAAUGAGUUUAUAUGAAUUUUUGUUUGUUACGAAUGGUGUAGACUUGCUGCUGACGAGUUUUUAUAUCUAAUAUUGUAGAAAUACCUAGCUAGGAAUGGAAAGUAAUCGGAAAGUCUGAUAAAAACAAACUGAAACUGAUUGUUUACGAUGCCGUGUUAUUCUUGCUUUACAAAAGAUGGUUGCAUUUCAUUUUUUUCGUACUUAAUUUCACAAUACGCAUUUAAUACGAAUGUAAUUUAUGUUCCGGAGUGCUUUCCUGCCACGCAACGCGGCCAAACCGAACAAAUUUGUACUUUCUUGUAGAGAGAAAAACACACACCGAAAGCACUCGAUGGUUAUUUAUGUAAACAAUGCAAAACGUCUGUAUUUAAUUCUCUAGCGUGUACUAAUAGAUACUGAUUGUGAUAUACGAGGGUGAAGAAUGGUGCUACGAAUUGCUUAAGUAUUCUUAACGAAUUAAAAACGAUGAUGAUGAAACAAAUAACACUAAACUUUAACUCUAAGAGAUUUUGUUACGAUCGACGAAUUACAAACGUAGUACGUGCAAUAUGUUUUUGGUGCUUCGGAGGUGAAAAUAUUUUUGCGGAAAACAUCUGCUCAACUAAUCUUUUUCUGUCACGGAUGAUUUGUUCAGUGUUUUCGUUUACAUAUUCUACGCGCUAUAGACUUAAUAUUUUGAUUAAUAUGUUAUAUUGUUUGUUGUCGUCAUUUUCUUUUGUGUGUCGAUUGUGUCGAUCACUGUAAAAUGAACACCAAAUUAAUCUUACGUUGGGUAUGCGUUCAGUUCUCUGCAACGAAUUAACUUAUUAAUGCAAAUAGUAAUGUACUCUGUGAAAUUAUUUAAUUUAUACGCAAUGGAAAAGAAUAUUUAAAUUAUAAACUAUAUACGUGGGUUUUCAUGAUAUAUUAUGUCGGGUUUCUAGUUUUUAGUUCUUUUUAUAUUUAAUUCAUUUAUAUAUAUACGCGGUAUGCAGUAUAUAUAAACAUAUAGCUAUGAGCGAAUAUUUGAAAUAUUGAAUUAAGGAAGAUAUAAAAAUUCUAACACAAAAAAUAAAUAAAUUAAUAUGUUAUAAA